CGUUCGUGUCCUGUCUGUACGUAACCUAUAAAACGCUGGGUGAACACGGGCGCUCGAUUCCCCGUGGCUCGUUGAAGCGCGAGAAAAAUUCACAGGUUUAAAAAUGGACGAAGAGAGUGAUCAGGAGAACACGAUCGAGGACGAUUACUACACCUUCCUCAAUAUUGCGAGAAAUGCCAGUCCUGAAGACAUCAGCAAUGCAUACCGCAGACAAAGUAGGUUGUAUCAUCCUGACAAGCAUACGGAUCCAGUACUUAAAAAAGAGGCGGAAAUUCUUUUCAAUCGUACAAAAAAAGCAUACGAAGUAUUAAGCGAUCCACAUCAAAGAGCAAUUUACGAUUCGCUGGGGAUCCGUGGUUUAGAGACAGAGGGAUGGGAAAUCGUACAUCGUACAAAGACACCUCAGGAAAUUCGUGAGGAAUAUGAAAGAUUGGCAAGAGAGCGAGAGGAGAGACGUUUACAGCAGCAAACCAAUCCCAAAGGCACUGUAACGGUAAACAUCAAUGCCACUGAUAUUUUCAGUAAAUAUGACGAAGAUUACAGUGAUAGCAGUGGAUUAUUUUCAUGCAUCGAGGUCAGCGGGAUGUCGUUUGCGCAGUCUAUUGAAGCACCUCUUACUCUAAGGGACACCGUGACCAUGUCUGGACAACUCGGAACCCAAAAUGGCACAGGUUCCGGGUCCGUUAGUGUUUCGAUGAAACGAUUGAUAUCGUCGAAAGGUUGGUUCGAGGUCGAGGUCGGUGCCGGCAAUGGCCCAACGUUUUCUCUUAAGGGCUUUCGCACGUUGACGAAGAGGCUGUUCUGCGACGGCGCAACAAUAUUGCAAUUUACGCCGCGCGGGGUGAAAGCUGGUUAUGUAGGAACUCUGGCAAUGCAACUGGAUAAGCACACAGUGGGAUACCUUACGUACAGAGCUGGUAUUCAAGGUGCCAUGAGCACUAUGAUCGUGAGAGACACGUCUCGAUCGUACACGGCGCUCUCCGUACACUUUGGGUUGCUGCAUUCGUUCGUCAGCCUUAAUUAUACCUAUAAGAUGGAGGAGAAGCAACUGAAACUUCGCGGGAGCGUCAAAGCUGGCACGUUUGGCGCGUUCCUCGAGUAUGGCGCGGAGAAGAAAGUCUCCGAGCACAGUUCGGUUUCGGCGGCCGUGCGGAUCGGCACGCCGACCGGCGUGACACUAAAGAUCAGGUUGAAUCGCGCUUCGCAAGCGUACUCCUUCCCGAUCCACUUGUGCGAUGAAGUGCUUCCAGCUCCCGUCUUUUACGCCACGGUAGCUCCUAUAAUUACUUGGGCGGUCAUUAAAAAGCUCGUGAUCGAUCCUGUCGUGAGGGAACGAAAAGAACGUGAGAAGGAGAAACAACGCGAACUGAACAAGUCCAGAAUAAUGGAGAAACAGAGAGAAGCCAAAGCCGCGACCGAACUGAUGAAAGAGACUGUUAGUAGGAUAAGAGCGGAAGAAGAAUCCAAGAAGGGACUGAUCAUCACCAAAGCUUUGUACGGUCGAUUCGUUUAUCCUCAGCAAGACAGAGGCACGGAGGAGAGCGGACACAGAGAUGAGAUGAUAGACGUGACGAUUCCUUUGCAAUGUUUGGUCAAGGAUUCCAAAUUGAUUCUUCAUAAGGCAUCUAAGAGUCAGCUACCUGGAUUUUACGAUCCAUGCGUGGGAGAAGACAAACAACUCUUGGUGCAGUAUCUCUUCCAUACCCAAACGCACGAAUGUCUUAUACAGGAUGAUGCAGCUCUCAGGAUACCCGUCUCUUCACAUAAAGUGAACACCACCUGACAGAUGCGCUCGACGUCGAAGUCAAAACGCAGUCGUCGCGGUCCUCGUCAGUGAUCAACAUCGGCUCAGCGCAGAUUACUUCUAGAGGUUUAAUUUUACAUAGGUGGCAAAAAAUUGUUAGUGUUUGUUGAUCCUUACGCUUUUAUCGUUCUCGAUACGUGAUACUAUCUUCUGUAAAAGGCUAUUUUGUCAUUUGGAAAUGAUGAUCGCGCAUAAUAUAUUCGCGACGUUAAGAUACGUUAAGAUCACAUUUUCUGUGAAGAAAAGGAAAAUUCUCGCACGAACAUAUGUUAAAUAUUAGAUACGUUAAAAAAUCCAAGGCGUUGCAUCGUAUGCGAGUAUUAUAUAUGGGGAUAAUAUUAAUUUCCUGAAAAUCCACAUUCGUAUUCCAGAUACCUUAGCGGAAAGAGUAAACCGCAAUUGACUCAAACACAAAUCUACUUACUGCCUAUAGAAAUGUAAUGAAAUAGGAUCUAAUGUGAAAUAUAGAUAAUAUAAAGUAGAUAUAUAAUUUUAAAAGAUCGUAUUGAUCUCUUUUCACAGCCAUGCAAGGAUGCAUCAUGGAUGAAGAUACCAAGCAGCUUUAUAGUUAUACAUAUAUAGAACUGAUAAAUGUGUAUGUAUACAUAUAUGCACACAUAUGUUACUAAAUAUAGAGACAAACAUUUGUUAAUCGAUUGCACAGAGCCGAUUACCAGUGGGAUAAGUGUUAGUGUAUUACAAUACAAUUUACUUGUACAAAAUAGACACCGUUGUGAAGGUUCGUAAGAUGCAUGUAUUAAAUUAUAUGCAUAAUACUUGGCUCAUGAAUAUAAUUAAUAACAAUAGCAAACAAG